AUGACUAAGCUGAAGACUAAGUCUCUCCGCGGACAGAAGAAGGAUUCUCUCCAGAAGACCCUUGACGAGCAGAAGACCGAGCUCGCCACUCUUCGCGUCUCCAAGGUCACUGGAGGAGCUGCGUCCAAGCUCAGCAAGAUCCGUGUUGUUCGCAAGAACAUCGCCAGAAUUUUGACGGUCAUCAACCAGACCCAGAAGCAGGAGCUUCGCAAGUUCUACGCUAAUUACAAGGUUUGCUAUUAUAGGGGCACCGGACAGAAAGGGCGCGCUGUUCGCAAUCUGGCCGAAUUUCUAGGCCGCGAAGUAAUUUUCCACUGAAAAUGUGGCCUAACUUUCAAACUCGGCCCCGAGGUCGCUCAAUUUGCACUGCAAAAAGAGUUUCUCAACAGAGCGCCAUUUCUGUGCGGUGCCCCUAUAAUACAGACGUGGCAUGAUGUGUACAAGUAUUUAUUUUUUAGUACAAGCCGAUCGACCUUCGCCUCAAGAAGACCCGCGCUAUCCGCAGAAGAUUGACCGCUCACGAGGAGAGCCUCCGCUCCGCCAAGCAGCAGGCUAGGGCCCGCGUCUUCGCCGUCCGAAAGUUCGCUGUCAAGGCUUAA